CACAUCUGUAUACUAAAUAGUAAUUUUUAUUAAUUAAAUUAGUAAGCAAUCUUAUCAAAGAAAAAUUUAUAAAAGAAUUAUGAAAUAACAUUAAAGUAAUUCUCACAUAUCCAAAGAAGUUUUAAACUAAAUUGUACCUGAAGUAAAAGUGGAUCAUUUGAAGUUUUUCCAACAAAGAAAAUAAGGACAACACACGGAACCAUUUUCUGUAAAUGAAAUAAUUAUGAACGAAAACAUUCUCCUUGUGACUUCAGAUGAUUUUACAACUGACACAACAACUGGUACCAGCUCUUCGCUUACUGAUGUGUUUGAUGAAAAUGUAGAUGUAGAAUCUCGGGAUAUUAUAAUUGAACAAUUUGCCCAAGACGUUAUAGACUUCAGCAGUCAAUAUGGGUCAGAUUAUAGCAUAUCUUACACAGCGUUUAAUAUAACUUCUCGACCAUCAAAGUUUCCAGAUUACGGUGAUUUUCCUGAAACAUUCGCUAUGCGAACGUAUGGCCUGUGGUGGGAUAUAGCUCCGUCAAAGAUUACGGAAAUUAGAUCUCAAGAUCUUAAAAGAAUUCCAUCCCAAGAUUUCAUUGUUAUUCAGUUUGAACAGUAUGUAAUUCCACAUCAAUUGAAAGUUUAUGAAACAUAUAAUCCUGGUGCAUUGAUUCGCAUUUGGGCAUUAACAGAAUUUGGAAAAUGGAUAUGUUUGUGGGAAGGUAAACCUGACAGAGUUACUACAAACAAAGCACGCACGUUUUGUCCUUCUCUGAAAAAAAUUUCUGUCCCAACUAGAACAAUAAGACUUGAAUUUAACCAUUCGUUUCUGGAGUACUUUACUGAGAUUGAUGGUGUGACACUUGUCGGAAGGAAAUGGAAAAUGCAAAGUAGUUCUCAUUAUAACCUAACAAAGUCAAAAGGCAAGCAAAAAAAGGGACCAAUUUUAAGGAAGCUCGAGAGUAUAAAAUUUCGACCAUGCUUUAAAGAAAACAAUCAAGAUUUUCUAAGAGAUUUUUUAAUAAACGAUUUAGAAAAAUUUAUAAAAGAGUCAGAGUUGAUGCCAGAUGAAUAUGAUAAAGACAAUAAAACCCAAUUAGGAUUAAAAGACAUGCCGUUUGAAAUUUUGAUUAAAAUAUUUUCAUAUUUGGAUUUAGUGUCAUUAUUUCGUGUGGGUAAAGUGUGUAAAAUGCUGUACGAAGUUUCGCGCGAUCCAUUAUUGUACAGCGAAAUAAACUUAAAGCCGUAUUGGCAUCUCGCCUCUUCUGAAUUAUUAUGCACUUUAGCAAAAAGAUCGACUUUGUUAAAAAAAUUGGAUAUAUCUUGGUGUGGAUUAUAUGGUUCUAUAUCCCCAAUAGAAUUCAAAAAAUUCAUACAGCAACGUGGGGAUAGCCUAACUCAUUUGAGAUUAAACUGCUGUAAAUUUUUAAAUGCUAGUUGCAUGGAAACUGUUGGAAUAGUCUGUGAUAAUUUAAGAGAACUCUCUUUAAGAAAUUAUUCUACAGAACCACCCAUAUUAAAUUUUUCAUGCUUAGGUAAUUUAAAAAACUUAGAGAGGCUUGAUUUAUUUCGCACCCUUAUUGAGACUGAUUUGUUAUUAACAAUGUUGGAAAAUAAUCCAAGACUAAAACAUUUAAAUUUAGCGUUUUGUGGUAUUGGAAUUAAUAUGGAUGAAAUUGCACAACAAAUAUCGAAAUAUAAUAAAGAAUUAAUUUCUAUUGACAUGUGGAAGUCUCAUUCUUUAUCAUCGAUCGGUUUGCAAGCAUUGUCCGUUUGUGAACAAAUAGAAGAAGUUGACUUUGGCUGGUGUCUGCGAGAAGAAGCUUCACCAGGCGAAAGUUUAAAAAUGUUGUUAAAAAAUUGUAAAAAAUUAAAGAAAUUAUUUUUGGCAGCUAUACGAGGAAUUACUGACCGUGAUAUUGAAAAUAUUGCUAAUCUCUGUCCAAACUUGGAACAGUUAGACUUGAUGGGAGUUCUUGGAAUUUCUACUGAACGUUGCUUAGAGAUUCUUAUUAAAUGUGAGAAACUUAAAUUAUUAGAUUUAAGCUUUUGUGAUAAUAUCGACGAAAACCAGAUAAAUAUUUGGCGUGAAAGAUUUAAUGUUAGUAUUAAAAGUAGUUUCGUGCCUUCAGAUUUUUUGGCCUAAAGUGGGUUUUUUUGUUAAAUUAAUUAAGGAAUAUUUAUUAUUCAUUAAAUUACGUAUAUUCUUCCAUAAAGGUGUAGAUUUAAAUAGUUCCGCCAACUUAAAAUGACAGUAUAAUUAGGUUAAAUAAUUACCAUCAAAAAUAACAAUUUAUCACAAUAUUUGCAGAAUUAUUACAAAACAAAAAUUAUAAUACUAUAUAUAUUAAAAAAACAAAGCGAUUGUUAUUAAAAUCUAUUUUUUAUAAAAUUUAUUUCUAGACUACUCUUAACUGUAAAUGUAUUAAUUGUUUUAAAAAUUGUAGAAGUUCAACAAAUGUGGGAAGAAAACUAAAACGUUAUUAUAAAAAUUAAAAGAUAAUAGAAUAAGAAAUUUAUUAUUGAUAUUAUGUAUGUUUUUCAAAGACUUUUUAUAAUGGUUACAGUGUACAUUUAAAUAUAAAGUAAAGUAUAUUUUAUUAUUAAAAAUUAAAAGCAUAAAGCGUUACUGUUAGGAUUUUAAAAAUUGCAAGUAAUCUCUUUAUUAUUAGAUGAAAUUAAAAAAUACAAAUUGUCUUGUGUUGUAAUAAAACGUUUCAUAAAACUCA